ACGAGAAGUGUUCAGUCAUUCACAGAUUCACUACUCUCUUUCUCUCUUUGUCAGAACUGAAAAAUCAGAAAGAAACCUCUUUGAGGCUCCUAGUUCCUACCCCACUGUAUCCGAGAUGCUGAAGAUGAUGAGGGCAACUGCUUCUUCUUCUUCUUGUUAUUCUUAUUGUUGCAGCAGCACACAACGGAGAAGAAGAGGUAUGCCUUUUCUCCUUGACUCUACCACUACUUCUCUUAAUGUUUUCCUCAACAGUUUUCAUUCUGGGUCCUCAAAUCCAAGUAAAUCUAGAAACACCCAUCUCGUGACAGACCCAGAAACGCCCAAAGUAGUGAGUAAUGUUGAGGAUGCUUUGGAGGUGUUCCAUGAAAUGCUUCAGAGGCGUCCUCUGCCUUCCAUCAUCCGCUUCAAUCAUAUCUUGUGUCAGCUCGUGAAAAUGAAGCAUUAUUCCCGAGUCAUUUGUUUGUAUAAACAAAUGGGUCUGCGGAUUAUUCCUAAUGAUUGUAGUCUCAACAUUAUCAUCAACUGCCAUUGUCGUUUGAACCAAAUGGGAUUUAGUUUAUCCGUCCUUGGAAAAUUCUUCAAAUUUGGUCUCCAACCAAAUGUCAGGACCUUCAGCACUCUAAUCAAUGGAUUCGUUAUGAAGGGUAGAGUCCUUGAAGCAGCACGGCUUUUCAGUAAAAUGGUCGAUAUAGGUUGUAAACCGGAUAUUGUUACCUUCGAUACUCUAAUAAAGGGAUUGUGCAUCAAAGGCAACAAUCGUGCAGCUCUUCAACUGCUUAGGAAGAUGGAACUAUCUCCGGAUUGUAAGCCUGGUGUGUUUUCUUAUAGCACCAUCAUUGAUUGUCUUUGUAAGGAGACACUAAUUGAUGAUGCAUUCGACCUCUUCUCGGAAAUGAUCAGUAAGGGUAUUUGCCCAAACGUCGUUACCUAUAACACUCUCAUCCACGGAGUUUGCCAAUUAGGCCAGUGGAAACAAGCUACGAGGUUGUUGAAUGAAAUGGCGAGUCAAAAUAUCUAUCCGGAUGUGCGCACCUUCAAUGUGUUGAUAGAUGCAUUUUGCAAAGAGGGAAUGGUUGUGCAAGCAAAAACCAUGGUUGAGAUGAUGAUUCAAAGAGAUCUUGAACCUACUGUAGUUACAUAUAACUCGCUUAUGGAUGGUUACUGUUUGAGAGGAGAAAUGGAGGAGGCAAGAGAAGUGUUCAAUCUAAUGGUUAGCUUGGGAUCAAUGGUCGAUGCUCAAACUUAUGGGAUAUUGAUAAACGGAUAUUGCAAGCACAAAAAUAUUAAUGAGGCCGUGAGGCUUUUUCAAGAAAUGUCUCAUAAGGGACUGUUUCCAACUACUGUCACGUACACCACUCUUAUGGAUGGUUUUUGCAAACUGGGGAGAAUACAAGAUGCAAAGAAGUUGUUCAUUAGGAUGCAAGCUUCUGGCCUACUUCCAAAUGUUGAGACUUAUGGUGUUUUGCUGGAUGGCUUUUGUAAAAGGCAACAACUCAGUAUGGCAAUGGAGUUGCUUAGAGAGAUGGAAGGCAAGAAGUUGCAUCCAAAUAUUGUAAUUUACAAUAUUCUUAUGGAUUAUUUUAUCAAAGCUGGAAAACUUGAAGCUGCAAGGGAUCUAUUUUUCAGUUUAUCAUCAAAAGGACUUCACCCCGAUGUUAAGACAUAUAAUGCAAUGAUUAGUGGAUUUUGUAAGGGGGGCUUAAUUAGUGAAGCAGAAAAUAUGCUGAGAGAAAUGGAAGAGAAAGGUUGUUCUCCAGAUGGUUGUACGUACAACACAAUUAUCCGAGGGUUUAUCCUUAACAAUGAGAUGUCAAGGGUGAUGGCACUUAUUCAUCAAAUGGUGGAGAGGGGUUUCUCAGCAGAUGCAUCAACAAUGAAAAUGAUAAUUGAUUUAUUGUCUAGAGAUAAGGUGGAUCCAGCUUUGUUGCCCUUGAUAAAAGGAUCAUUAUGAAGUUAGUUUACAUUUUUGGAUGUUGAAACUAAACAUUCUCAAUGUCUCCUUGAGCUUUGAAACUGUUGAACUUUAGGCAACCAUUAUGUAUUUAAUCCAUCAUGUAUGUGUAAUUUGUCUUAAAAGUUAGAUGAAGAUUGUUCCAGUUUGGCUAUAA